AUGAAGACGCGACGAAUGCCUUCCGGUCGAAGGGAGAGACACACAUCACGUGAUACAACUGACGUAGACCCGGAGAAACGUGAAAUAUUCACGACGAGAAAGCUCGGGAAGGUAGUGGAUCCUAAACCGCUGCGGGUACGAAUCCGGGAUAUGCCACCUGGUAAGAAACUAUGCAGCGCCGUGGCUCUGCAACUCAGAGAAGCGAUAGACGGGGCAUCUCUAACAGAGCUCGGUGAUAUUUCAACUAUGUUCGCCGCAAGGUUGCCGCUCAGCGGUCAGCUGAAUGACGACACCAUGGAGUUGCUGGCAGAGCGAUUCAGAGAUUUUUCGCCGGAACAACUGUCCACGCAAAUGAGCCACAUUGCGCUGCUAUCCAGUGCAGCCACCGCUCGGUAUCUGGAAACGUGGUCGCACAGAAGAGCGCUGGGUAGCACACGGGCAUCUCAGGCACACCGGCUUUAUCGCAUAGGAAGAAAACAGCUACCAAAGCUGUUUUUGACAAAACUGUCCGCCACUGCUGAACUAUAUGCGAAAGAAAGGGUAAAACCGCUAACUUUAGGCUUCCGCAUGGGAUACCACAUGGAUGCAGUGGAGCAGGAGUUCUUCACGUUACGUUCGCUGGCCCGAUCGGAUAUGCCCCUAUCCAUGUCACUGUGGGACCUUUUGGUCGCUGCUGCGGAAGAACGAUUGGAGACGAAUGAAGAGGUGAAUCUACGUUGUGUAAUAUGGCUGCUGGAGGCGAUCAACGCUGCGAAGUACACUACGCCAAGUACGAUAGGCUUGGCAAGAAGACUGAUAGCCAAAUGCAAAGUCCCAUCAGAUUUGGAUCGCAAUCAUAUUCAUAUCGACACGAUAGAUGUAGCAGCCAUGUUGCGUUUCACUGAAGAUUAUUCUUUGGGUAAAGAUGCGAGAUCAGUCAUCGAAACAAUGGCGGGAGCGAAUGGUUCACUAUCGGACUCUUGA